UUAUAGGUCGAAACAGUUGUGAAAGGUCGGCUUAUGAAACAAGUUUGUUCAAAUGAAGAGACGGUUUAUUUUUUUAUUGGCUUUCGCAGCCUACAUUAUACCGAUUUUUUCCUUUAAUAACUACCUUUGGGGAGAAAUAUCCACAAACGAUUAUAUUUUGGCUAAGGAUAAAGUGUCAAAACCUUUUUUUGUUGGUCUUGUUCAAACAAAAAAAUAUGUUUUCAAGCAGAAGGAUAACUUAAAUGCAUUGACUAUAACGGCUGUAAAAAUAACUGAUAAAAAAGAAAAGAAUGGAGCCACCGCUGAACUACUCUCUGGUGGGCCCGGAUCCAAAGGCGCUACCAUUUUAUUUCAGUCAAAACGAGGUUAUGAAAUAAAUGAUGUUGUUGAGAUAUGGGGCCGAUGAUAAACAUGUUUUACGUUUCACAAUGUCUAUCUGUCUGCUUUCACUUUUCACUAAUAAUCAGACACGUUUCUAUACA